CCAGAACCCCCCGAAAGGGCGAAAAAAAUGCCUCUUGAAGGCUCAACGGCUGGAGAUGCUCUAAGGACCAUCACAUACUGAGUGAGAUUAUGUCUCUGCUCUUGGAUACUUUGGGUUGAUCAGGCACAAGUAGGAGCAGAGCAUUAAACAAGUCCUGCCUGGGGGUUCGUUAAGUAAAAUUAACCUCAGCUAGCUUUGACUGCAUGUCUAUCCCUAGACUCUAGCAAGCCAGCCAGCCUAAAAACACUGGCCACUGAUUUCCCUAUAAAACCUCAACAAAACCCAACCCUGUACCUUCUCUUCAACUCCUAUUGACACACGAACACACAUAGCAGGAAAAGAUAGAACACCAUGAGCUGCACCCGGAUCAGUGGCGCAGUCCUCGUUUUUGCCUUGCUCUUCGCCUCGUUAUUGCUCACGCUCUACCUUCCCGCUGCUUGUGCUCGCCAUGUGGUGCUGCUAGAGGCCCAAGAUGGCCUGAACAUCGGAGGAGGCCGGCAGCAGGUGGUUGGUGAUGACGCAGGAAAGGCCGUCCCCGUCUCGAACGCCGGCGGCUCACGGCCAGUGAGGACGGUGGAGUUGCCCGCGGCGAGGAGGCACCGGGUGGACGCGGCGGACGAGUUGCACGACAUGCUGAGGAGGGACUACGCGUGGAGGGCGAGGCGCCGCAAGCCCAUUCACAACGACGAGCCUCGCGACGACAAGCCCUAAGUCCGUCAGACCUUCCCCGCAGCGCAGCUAGGUAGAAUACAUAGUUACAAGAAGCUUAGCUUAGCCAGAGCCGCUCUCUGCUCUACUACUGCUACUACUACAACUAGUCAGCUAGAUUUGCAGGCUUGCAGGAUACCCAAAUACUCCCUUUGUCCCAUAAUAUAAGAACGUCAAGUUGGUACUACAGUGUAUCAUUAGCUGGUCAGCCUUAAUCUGGCAUCCAAGAUGGA